GUAAUUCUGUAAAGAAUUAGCGGCCUUCGCUUCGUCGCUAGGCGCCCCAUGGAAUCGGAGAGUCACCGGCACACUUGCUUGAAGCUGGAAAUUCCGAACAGCGGCGAGCAGGAGCCCGGACAUUUAGAACGCAUCUUCGUCAAAGGCACCUGGUUCACAUCUCGCUUCGACCUCUCCAUCACCAAUGGCCUCGACGCUUGGACAUGCAGUGCUUCGGAGGAGGAGAUUCAAGAGAGAGCGUCUCAGUGGGACCAGCCGGUUCCGGAAUACAUUGAAAUGGCGGAGAAGUACUUAGGGUUUCAACAAUCCGGUUCGGUUUAUGGGUUCUCUGAUGCCGGUUCUGGUCACAGAAGAGUACGUUUUUUUCGAAAUAGUGCUUGGAAUUUGUGUGUUCUUCCAGUGCUUUUCACUUUGUUGGAGAUCAAUUGCAUUAUUCCAGAGAUCCAUGGGCUAAAGUGCACAUCUCUUAGAGUGGUACUAUAUGUGGAAAUGGGUUCCAUUUUUCUGAUCCUGGGCUACUUUACCAAUUUUAAGUGAAGUUUAAGAUGGGAUGAGUAUUCAGUGAUCUUUAUGAAAAGCUUUGCUGUAAUGUGUUUGACUUGUUUUUUGUUCAAAGCUUGGAUUUUGCGUGAAAUAUAGAUAAUAGAAAUAUCAGG